CCCAAACCAGAAGAAGAAUCCCGUCCAGCCGGUGUUUGGCGCUUUUCUGACCGACAGCAGCUGAUCCACACCCACGCACCUGCCGGACUCAUCCAGCUCCUCUCCUCACCGGGUACCGGACACGUUCAGCCGCCAUGGCGCAGCGGAGGUUCUUCGUGGGAGGAAACUGGAAGAUGAACGGGAACAAGGAGAGUCUGGGAGGGAUCAUCAGCACCCUGAACACCGCCAGCCUGCACGACCAGACCGAGGUGGUGUGUGGAGCUCCGUCCAUCUACCUGGACUUUGCUCGGUCCAGUUUGGAUCUCAGGAUCGGCGUUGCAGCCCAGAACUGCUACAAGGUGGCCAAAGGAGCGUUUACAGGAGAGAUCAGUCCGGCCAUGAUUAAGGACUGUGGGGUCGACUGGGUGAUUCUUGGACACUCGGAGCGCCGUCAUGUGUUUGGGGAAAGUGACGAGCUGAUUGGACAGAAGGUGGCUCACGCUCUGGAGAGUGAUCUGGGAGUGAUCGCCUGCAUCGGGGAGAAGCUGGAGGAGCGUGAAGCCGGCACCACAGAAGAAGUCGUGUACGCUCAGACGCAGGUCAUCGCAGAGAACGUGAAGGACUGGGGGAAGGUGGUUCUGGCGUAUGAACCUGUGUGGGCCAUCGGCACAGGAAAGACAGCCACACCUGAGCAGGCUCAGGAGGUCCAUGAGAAGCUGAGGGCCUGGAUCAGAGCAAACGUCUCGGACGAUGUGGCCAACUCUGUGAGGAUCAUCUACGGAGGUUCGGUCACAGGAGCGAACUGCAGAGAGCUGGCGUCUCAGGACGACGUGGACGGCUUCCUGGUGGGCGGAGCCUCUCUGAAACCGGAGUUUGUCGACAUCAUCAACGCUCGCAAAUAAAAACCUAAAAACAACGGGAGCGAUGAAAACCACUCUGCCGUUUAGAUCGUCACCUUGUGUCUGCAGACUGGGCUGACUGGACAGAUGAGUGUAUUCAAUUCGCAAAAUAUGUGUUUAACAGUCAAAUGCAGGUGAAUCAGUAAGUUUUUUUGUUUUACUGUUAUUUUUGUGAAUUAGUUGUUUUUUGCUUGUCACUGUUUUUUCCUUUUUACAUCAAGGUGACAGAGUUGAGUUAUUAAAUACCAUUAAACUUUAUUUUCAGUCUCAAUGAAAAGACUUAAAAAGGCAACAAAACGGCUCUGAGCAGCUGGAAAAUUAGGAUAUUUCAUUAGCUACUAAUAAUUUCAGCUGCUUUAUGUGCUAUUUUAGAAAGAAAUCAAGAAGGGAGAUGAAGUAAUCUUUAGUGAGGUUUUUCCUGAGACAAACGGCGUCAUCUGCUGUUAAUCUGAGGGUGAAAUGACAGAUGUUAUUUCCAGCAGGGGGUCAGUCAGCCCAGUUUGUUUUGUGUGUUUGCUAAGAGACUGCUCACAUCACUGCACUAACUGUUAUUUAGGGUCUGUAACAAGUAAAGUUCAGACAGAAUGUACUUAAAUAUAUAAUAGAAAGAGAAAAUAUAUAACAAUCAGGGAGUUUUAUUGUGAUGUUGUCACCAGUCAGCACUGAAGCUUCUGUAGUUCAACACUGGCUGAAUGGACCAAUGAAAGGAGUAAAGAAAUAAAUAAACUGUGGGGAAAGGUCCA